AUGAACAAAAUCAAUGAAUCUGUAUUUCAAAAGCCAAAGGCACAAGAUGAUAAAGGCCUGGAAGAGGAAGCAAAAUCCUUGUUGAAUGGGAAGGCCGUGGUCCUUGAAACAGAGUAUUUCAACGGGAAAUUUUUAGAUUCAAGUAUCGCCCCUGCGGUCCUGAUACACGGAGACGAUGGAGAGGGCGUCAUCCACUCGCGCGUUGCCGAGGGCAGCAUUGAUAUACUUUCAACAGGCCCCAAAACAGGGAGUGGCCAAAGAAUUCUUGUUCUGAGCGAUGGACGUACUGGCCUCAUGUUUAGAAACGUAUUACUACGACGUUUCCUUUCCCGAGACGCCUGA